AAGUACUCAAAAACAGAGCUACAACAAAAGGAAAAACACAGCUCCAAGCAAGGCUGCUGAAGAUGGUCAUAUUCCUAGUGUGAUGGGCAACAGUGAAGUUAUCACAGAUUAUAGAAAAACUGCCUUUAAGACGUCAGUAAAUGUAGUCUGUGCCUACAAAGAUCUGCUUUUCCUUUUCAGUUGACAAACAAUGACUGCAAAUUAUUUGAAUUACAUGUUCUCCCUAAAAGCUUUUCUAGUAAUUUGCCAGAAUAGUCUCCAUCAAGAUGAAAUAAUUUUGUUUGGAGCUUAGAUCUAGUUUAUUACAGUGCCAUUUUGUAGUAAAAGCCCCACUACACGAGCUAAUAAUUGUCUGUCUCUGAAUUCUGCAAGAUUACAGGAGGCCUGCAGUCCUGGUCUCAGACGUGGUUUCUCUUUGUGGUUAAUUAGCCGUGGGGGAGAUUCUCAGAGAUGAUGAGUUCUGAAAAUCCUUCCAGAGACAGAUGAUAAACAAGCCUUCUCCUGCCCCAGGUCAUCUCCCCUAGGAAAUUCAGCUUUUGUCUCCUGCCUCCUUAAGGAGAAGCCUUUACUGUAGAGAUAGGCAGGAUGUUAAUGGGACGCUGUCCACCGUGGCGGGUGAAUCCACACACAGAGACCGUGCCCCACUGGUGUGUCGCCGUGGCAGGGGGACAGCCAGAAGAGAGCAUUGCCUUCCACGCCGGCCGGAGUCCCUUGCACUGCGGGUAGCCCUAGUUCCUUGAGAGUCCACCAGAUCCUGGAUGCUUGUGGUAAACCAUGGCAGCUGAUGAUAAGGUGGCCAUUCUAACCGACGACGAGGAAGAACAGAAGAGAAAGUAUGUGCUUGCUGAUCCUUUCAAUGGCGUUUCCAAGGAUCAAGACUUGCCACCCAAUAAUGAAUCCCCUUCAACGGAGACAACCACUGCCCCAGAUGAAGAGCUGGAUUGGUUAGAAAAGCACUGUGUCAAAAUAAACAACGAUCUUCUGAUCUCAAAGGUCUUUUAUUUUUUCUUCUAUUCUGCAUAUGGCUCUCUCUACCCCUUGCUGCCCGUGUACUACAAGCAGCUGGGUAUGACACCCAGCCAGAGUGGACUUCUGGUGGGCAUCAGGUACUUUAUUGAGUUUUGCAGUGCUCCCUUCUGGGGAGUGGUGGCAGAUCGCUUCAAGAAAGGCAAAAUUGUCCUCCUGUUUUCGCUUUUAUGCUGGGUUUUGUUCAACCUGGGCAUUGGAUUUGUGAGACCAGCCACCUUAAGAUGUGUACCAAAGGGCCUUCCCCCUGCACAUCCCACCAACGCAAGCAGCCUUUUAACAACAAUUCCGCAAAACACCUCGAUGUCUUCUCCACUGACCACAGUGAGUGCUGCAUCCCCGAAAGUUCGUGGGAGGAGAGACCUGGUCACUUCCAGUUCAGUCACUUUGGAAACAACAUUCCUGGUACCUACACAGAGCAAUGGUGAGGAUUUUACCUUGGAAAACAGUACCCAUUUGAUUUUGGAAAGCACCACCACUAGCCCAGCCUCCCUAGGGAACACGACUCUGAGCAGCACCCCAGCUUCCAUCAGCACAAAGCCGAUGCCUUCUGACCAAGCUGUGCUCGUUUAUGAUCAACAAGAAGUGGAGGCCAUCUUUCUACUCAUUCUGCUGGUUGUCAUAAUAGGAGAAUUUUUCAGUGCUUCCUCUGUUACCAUUGUGGACACCAUAACUCUGCAGUACCUCGGCAAACACAGGGACCGCUAUGGAUUGCAGCGUAUGUGGGGGUCUCUGGGCUGGGGGCUGGCCAUGCUCUCUGUGGGAAUUGGCAUUGACUAUACUCACACAGAAGUUGCCAUUGAAGGUCAAGGAUGUAAAGCUCCAGAGUACAAGAACUACAGGAUCGUUUUCAUUGUUUUUGGUGUCCUCAUGACGAUGGCUCUGAUUGUGGCCACCCAGUUUCGAUUUCAUUACGCACACUUCAAGCAAGAUGAAAAUAAGAGAAAAGAGGUCGAGAUCUCACAGGUGGACAGAAAUGCCUCCAAUGAAUCUUCAGAUAACACUCCUACCAGUAUGAGCCAGUCACAGUCCUUCAGUUUUUGGGACCUAAUUAAACUGCUGUGCAGUAUCCAGUAUGGCUCUGUGCUCUUUGUGGCCUGGUUCAUGGGGUUUGGAUAUGGCUUUGUGUUCACCUUUCUGUACUGGCACUUGGAAGACCUGAAUGGCACCACCACUCUCUUUGGAGUUUGUUCUGUGCUCAGUCACGUGUCUGAGCUGACUGCUUAUUUCUUCAGCCACAAACUCAUUGAAUUGGUUGGUCACAUCAGAGUGCUUUAUAUUGGCCUUGCCUGUAACACAGCACGGUACAUCUACAUCUCGUACCUGGAAAAUGCCUGGACUGUUCUUCCGAUGGAAGUGCUUCAAGGUGUCACCCAUGCAGCUAUCUGGGCAGCCUGCAUCUCGUACCUGAGCGCGGCUGUGCCUCCGGAGCUGAGGACGUCGGCACAGGGAAUACUGCAAGGGCUGCACUUGGGGCUGGGCAGAGGAUGCGGAGCCAUGGUUGGAGGGGUUUUGGUCAAUUACUUCGGUCCUGCUGCCACAUUCAGAGGAAUAGGGAUGGCUUGUUUAGUGAUUCUGCUUCUGUUUGCACUGAUCCAGUGGAUGUUGGUUCCUGAUGAAGAAGAAGAAAAGACAAUGCUGGCGGAAAGGAUUCCAGUGCCUUCCAGUCCUGUUCCCAUAGCAACCAUUGACCUUGUGCAACAGCAGUCGGAAGAUAUCAUGCCUCGGACUGAGCCCAGACUCCCUCCAAAGAAAACUAAACACCAAGAAGAGCAAGAGGAUGUGAACAAGCCUGCCUGGGGCAUCAGUUCUUCUCCGUGGGUCACCUUAGCUUAUGCUGUCUACCAGAUAAAAGAGAUGGUUAAACUAUCCAAAACCAAUCCCACUCCUGAGAAUCAGCCUUUACAGAAAACCAAUGAGAAUUGCAGUGCUUCAUCAGCCAGCUCAGCAAGACAACCCCAAAAUCCAACAGAUUCUGAGCAGUCCAGAAAUUGUUCAGCAGCACCUGCAGCACCAUCAGAGUCCCAAGCAGGUGGCAGCCGUGUGGUGUCGGAUCAUGAUGCUCAGCCUGCUGCUGCAGGGCCCUGAGAUGCGCUCAUCUUACCAAAUCCAGUGCAUGGAAUUCUGCUUCUCACCUGGGAAACGCUGGAGUAGGAGCUCAAAAGUAGGACUUCCUUCAUCUUAACAAUCAUAAUGUGAUGCAGUGCAAGCUUUUAACUAUGUAAAGAAUAUUCAUAUGACUACACGGAGCAACAUGAGCAGGGAAGCCAAAAGGUCGGGUUCUUGAGGGAAGUGAUGUGGCCAAAUGUAAUUGGUAGGAAGAAUUCUCAGCUGCUUUGCUAAAGCUGAGUCAAGUGCUAUGAAAUUUCUUUGCCAUCUGUGGAAGAAAGGGAGUUCACUCCUCAUUUGUUGAGGCACAGUGUGUCCGACUUGAUUGGAUAAGUUUUUUUCUUUAAAUUUAUUCCCAAAUCAAAAUUAAAUUACUUUUUUAAGAGAGACACUGAGUUUCCCUGAAUUAGAAAAUACAGAUCUAAAGAAAACACCAGAUCUAAUAAUUCUAGCAAUGUCAUGAAACUGUCUCUGGAAAGGUUUCUCAGAAACAGAGUAGCUUAAGAAAGUAUCUUAAUGUCAUGGUGAGGGAUGAAGUAAACUGCGCGCAUAUUCAAAGAAUAUGUUUUUGAAGCUGAUGUUCUGUUGUUUGAGAUAGAAGUUUAGUUCUGCAAAGCAAAGGUUUUGAACUGGCGUUUUAGUGCAACACAAAAGCUGGAGGAAGGCUUCUGAAGAAGUUACCCUCUGUGCUUGCAGCCCUGCAGGUGGGCAUAAGGUUGUGUGCGUUUGGGUAAUUUUCAGUUUGAUGUUAUAUUGAGACAAGAAUCUUUGAUCCAGAUUGCACAGCCCGAGAUUGAUCAAUGAUCUUUUUGGGUUUUUUUAUUUCAUCAUCUGUAUGGGGGUUUAUUUAAUGCAGUGUAGGUAUUAUGGUUAUUUAUUAAGAAAACAGUAAGCUUUAAGUGCCUAGGGAAGAUGGGGGGGUAGGGAGGAAUUACCUAAAAAUCUUAAAUGUUUAGGAUUAUAGGGGCAAAGUAGUGGAUGCAGAAAUCAAGUAGAGUGAGAGAUUCUCAGGAGGAAGCAAAUGUAACUCAACUGCAUUAUGUUUAGGAAGUUACUUUGCCCAAUGUCAAGACACUGGAGGACUUUGGAUUAUGUUUUGUUACGGUUCUUAAUACUGUCUGCAGCCAGCUCAUGCUGGUGCAUAGUGAAAAUUGCUGCUGGAGGGAAAUCCUCGGGCUCAGGGAAGAGUCGGGGGGGUUUAGUCAGGACAGUGUUUUGGCCCAUUUUCUUAGAUGAGCAGCUUGUUCCUGGGAGAUCCUGAGCACUCUGCUCCCAUGGGACUGAGAGAGCACUGCUCAGCUGCCCUCCUGGAAGCGAGGUGUGUGGGAGGUACAAGGCCUUCCGUGGGGUAGGUCUGGGGUGCUGAACUGGGCCAGAGGCAAGGCCAGCAGGAGCCCAGAGUCAGGGAGAGGAAGGUGGCAGCAGCUGAGCAGGAAAGGGGGUGCACAGGUUUACCCACUUUGACAUCUGUUAGCUUGACUGAAGGGGUGUCCCGUAGCUGUGCUUUAGCUGUGCUUUUAGAACAACCCACGUUCUGGCAGUGCCUGGGACCAACACCAUAGACAAUAAAAAGAAACAUCAAUGACUAGCCACUAGUUACUUUUUUUGCACUUGAACUUAAAUGUACUGUACUCACAUAAAUCCUCAUGACUUGUCUAAGUGUCCUUUAAAAUCAGAAAUGUAUUUAUUGUAUGUUUGUAUAACUUGGGGGAGAACUAAAGACUGAACAGGUGACAGGACAGAAGGAUGCUAAAAAUCAUCUUGAGGCUAACCAACCAUUUGUUGAGUUCAUGCUGUAUGGUGUUACCUCAGCUGCUACUGCAUAGCACCUGGAUUGUGAAGUGAAGAGCUUGUACACUGUGUUUACACUUCAGAAUUGUGUAUUUGAAAUGCCUGCUCUUUUUGGAAUUGUAUAGUCAUUCUAUGUUGCAAAAUGGACAUGUACACCUGGAUUUUGAUAUUUGUGAAACUGUAAAAACUGUGGUAAGAAAUAUAAAAUAUCCAUAACAUAUUUAAUAGUA